AUGUCUGAUCUAGGGGUGCCGAAUGAUUUCAUAGCAUCAUACAAGGACUACCAGAGUUAUCCAAAAUGCAUCAUCGAUAGAGCGAAGUAUGGAGGCGCACUUCUAGAGGAGUACGACGGGCGUCUUCUAGAGAGGUCUGAAGCCCUCAAUCUGUUUGUGGAACAUGACGUCUACAUACCGUAUCGAGAAAUCGGGAAGGAUCAUCGAGUUAUCGAAGAAAUUCUAUGGAGCGACGCCGACGUGUCGAGCUAUUUGACGGACCCAAGUGACCUCAGAUCCGUGCCUGGCUCAUCUGGAGAUCCGGUAUUCCGCACCAUCUCCCUAAUAACCGCUGGCUCCACUCAGCCCCUGGAAACGACUCGGGAGUCACUCAAGAGGAUCCUGGCCUAUUUCCAAGUCAUGCCCGAAUUUCUCGAAUUCCUCUACAUCUUCGGUCGGCGCGAUGGGCUUGACUCCGAGCUUAGAUCCAGUGGAUUCCGAACAGACGUGGCACUAUCUGAGCCGAAUCCGGCACACAUCAUCAAGUCUCUCAACCGAAGCGGGAGGAGGUAUCAGAUGUGCUAUUCACUCAAGAGCGUCAGUAUAAAUAAAGACCUCGAUGAAAAGGCGCACGGGCACGGGCAGUGGAAGAUACGCAAUGCUGCGUUUCACCAUCAAUUCGACGUGGAGGCCCACACCCAAUUAUGGGUUCUGGGGGAUCAGAAGGUGAAGCUGCACACGUUGUUAGGAACGCAGUUGGCAAAGGGACAAAGAUACCCGGAAAGAUUCGGUACCUUUCAACAGGCGUUCGAGACAAGCUUGGAUACACAUCUCCUUUACUGCCGGUCCGCAUGUCAAGACUGGCGCUGGUUCAUCUGCUCAAUGGAAGACAAAAUUCAGGAUCUGACUAUCCAUUGUCUUCUUCCGCCUCGAACUAAUGGGGAGAACCCUAUUAUCUGGGAUCCUGAAGGCGUGAGAAUCUUACAACAGGAAGAGGAACGAGUUAACGCAACAAUCAUGGCGUUGAAAUCAAACCUGGGGAUUAUUACUCGACUGGUGAAAUUCUUCCGCUCUCUCGUAAAGAAUCCCGGAUUCCCAGAGAAGGAGGCGAGCGAGCAAAGCGUUUUCGACUUCACUUCCCGUCUUGAAGAGCUUACUUACGACUUGGAGUCCCAAAUCUCAAGGGCUCAAAUACUAUCGAAAUUGGUUACUGACCGGAAAAACAUGCUGAUUCAACAUCUCCAAAUCCAAACAGUAGUGCAGCAGGAGAGGGUGGCACAUGCCAUGGGACUUGAAGCCAUUGCCGUCCGAGUCAUAGCGGUGAUAACCUUGGUCUUCCUUCCGGCCACGUUUGUUUCAACCUUUUUCAGCACAGAUGUCAUCAAAUUUCAGCCUGACGAUGAGGUAAAGUCUGGAAGUCCGCCACAGCAGUAUUCCAGUCGAGCCCUGAAAAUGUUCUUUGCAGUGUCAAUUCCAUUGAUGGCGAUUACAUUUGGUAUUGCCAUAGGUUGGUAUUGGUUCGAGAGACGGCAGAAGAGGAUGAAAUACGAGCGCAUUCAGCUCGAUGGAAAAGACCUCGAAGACUCAUACACUGACUCGGCGCGUCUACGGUUCCCGUGGAAGUACUGGAAACGUGGAAGGAUACCUUCCAAAAGCCUGUGA